CACACAGUGGCAAUGCUGUUCAGUAGAUAUAGUCGUUAUACUGUUGAGUGGAUGUAGUGGCUAUUUGCUGAUCUGGGACCAUGUUUGGGUUUCUGGUAUUCAUCACUACUUUGACAUUUCUGAAAUGUUCGGUGGGAAAGACGGUGGAGUUGUUUGUGUCCCCCAAAGGCUCUGACACCAACACAGGGUUAGAUGUACACCAUCCAGUGAAGACUCUCCAGAAAGCACUUCAGCUGUUGGAAUCACCCGGGAUAAAAGGAAACACCAUUAACGUUGAGAUGAUGAAGGGGUAUUAUGACCUCCCGGCAACACUUCACUUCACACAUGGCUACCAGUCUCCAGUCACAUUCAGGGCAUACCAAGGACAGGAGGUGCACGUGACAGGGGGGCGUCGUCUACCAGUCAGUCAGUUCAAGGACGUCACAGACUCAGCGCUUCUACGUUUAUGGGGCAAAGACGCUCAGAGAUACAUAAAACAGAUUCACCUGCCAUCAGUGGGAAUCACAAAUUAUGGCCAUUUGUCUUCCUACGGCUGGUACAUCUACAGACAGGCCCCCUUGGAGCUGUUCAUCAAUGGUGAACCCCUCACUCUGGCCAGGUGGCCGAACCACGACUUUAUAGAUAUCACGGCUGUGCCAGAUGAGCAUGGAUACCAGUUCUCAUACAACACGAACCGUGACUCGAGGUGGGCAAAUGAAAAGGAACCAUGGACAUAUGGAUUCUGGUACUGGAGCUGGGCUGACUACUCUUUGAAGAUAAGUAAAAUAAACACUGCUAAUCACACCAUCACAUUGGCUUCUAAAGAUCCCCAUGGUAUACGAACGGGUGUUUACAACCACGGCAACUUGACCGGUCUCGGAUUCGCUCAGCAAGGCGGCUACUUCCGGGUAAUGAACAUGAUCUCGGAACUUGACCAGCCCGGGGAGUACUACUUAGACAGAAGCACGGGGAUUCUGUACGUGUGGCCCAACACACCGACACGUGCCCUGACGUCAUCGGAUGUUGUGUAUGCGUCAAUGAUUGAUGACUGUAUCAAACUGGAUCCCGGCGUGUCCAACCUGAGGUUUGAGGACUUCACCCUGGAAGCCUGUCGAAAAUUCGGAAUCAACGCCCAAAACGUGUCCAAUGUAGAACUGCGGCAACUUGAGCUGAAAAAUACAGGUUCCUACGUGUUCCACUGUGGAGGAGACUGCCGGUCCGUCACUGUUUCCAGGUGUGAAAUACACGAUGGAGAUGGAGGCAUUGACCUGUUUGGCGGUGACCGUGUCAACCUCAUCAGCUCCGGUAACGUGGUUGAAGACAACCACAUAUGGAGGUACAGUCGGGAGGGAGCGGUUGGACAGAACGCAGUGCACAGUGUUGGUGUCAACAACUUCAUACGAUACAACCACAUCCACGACGGACAAUAUGCUGCGAUCAAGUUCGACGGUAACGACCACGUGAUGGAGUAUAAUCACGUCCACCACAACUGCCUCAAUGCCAGCGAUUGUGGUGCUUUCCAUGCUACAAGGAGUUGGUCCUUUCGAGGCAACAAGAUCCGCUACAACCACAUCCACGACACCAUCAGACUGAUGCCAGGAGCUUCUGUGAGAGGCGUCAUGCUGGACGACCAGUACUCCAGCGUCACCAUUGAACACAAUGUCUUCUACCACAAUGACAUCCACGCCAACAUCGGUGGCGGCCGUGACAACAUCAUCCGCUACAACGUCAUGUACGACAGUGUAUCGGAGAGCAUACAAGUAGACGCCAGGGGGUCAACGUCACAGUUUGACUUCAGAAACAAAACACUACAAAGAGACCUAGCUUCCGUUUCAUACCCAAAUGCCCUGUGGACAGCCAAAUACCCCGAAAUGGCGACAUUAUUCACAGGAACGCCGCGCUAUCCAGAAGGUAACCAGAUCUACAAGAACAUCUUCUGGAACCAGGGGAGUCAAAAAUGGAUUGUCUACACAAACAAACCAUUUGUUGACAAGAGGUAUUUUGAUGUCCAUGAUAACCAUAUGGCACGCCGAAAAUCAGAUUUCUACGCUCCGGAUAAUGACGAUUUACGACUUCGCUGUGGCGCCAUUCAGUGGGCAAAUGGUGUCAACUUUGAAGAACCAAUAGCUCUGAAAGAUGUUGGCCCACGUCAAAGUACAGGUCCAACAUACAUGAAGACAGUGUUGCCGACAAUACGAUCAUCUCCACCUCCUCAGCCGUGCGAUCAGUCUACAGUGGCCCCUGAAACAAAGGUUCCUGGAACACCUUAUAUCUCCGAUGGAUCUGGACCAAAUGUGUUGUACCCAAAUAUUACAGAAGGGUGCUGGUUCAUCACUGACCAGUGUCCGAGACAUCCUCGACCCCGUAUGUUCCGGGACACAGGUGACCAGAAGAACGACCCUGUGUGGACGAGGGAGGCAAGGUGUCUCAGUCGGGCUGUGGACCAGUGGAAAUACUGUGGAUCCAGUAACAGCCACUCACUCACGGCUGUGUUCGGUCCAACAGGGGCAAUGACCGUUGCCGGUAGUGGAUGCUUCAUGGCUUAUGAACAAUGCCCUAAACAUCCCGGAAGACCUGGUCUCCAUCAUGAUGUUUAUGCAGAACGUACACAGAAUGCAAGUACAAACAUCGAGGGAUGUUUAGCACGAGCAAAGGCUCAGUGGGCAUACUGCGGAUCUGACCGCCGGUAUCCCAUCACGAGCUUAUUCCUGCCUACAGGUGCUGUCCGCAGUGCAGGUGCUGGAUGUUGGAUCAAGAUAUCCUCCUGUCCUGCCGAUACACAUCUGAAGCCAUUUUUCUAUGAUGCAUGGGGGGCCUCCAACACAGGAUCAGAUGACCUUGAGGACGAGUGUUUCCAGAGGGGGACAUUCUUCUGGCAACAUUGUGGUUCCUACCGGAACUUCCCUGUCAACGCCUACUUCCGGCCGCUAGCUUCCAAUAGAACUGUACCAUCGAGCUGAACAGAUCCUGAACAGUAUUGAAAUAAAUAUUGGUUAGUUCUGUUUUGCAAUACA